CCAAGGCUGCGAGCUCCUGCUUAGCUCGCCUUCCAUGGACUUCGAAAGCUUCCUCGCAACAACAAAUCUCCUGAGUUGUCGCUGCUUGCAUCUGUUUGCAAACUCUUGACAGAGCUUCAUUUUCGAUAUAUCACGUCAAGAUGGCGGAUAACGAACCAACCCCUGCCGAAGAGGCCGCUGCCCGCGCCAAGGAGAAGGCCGAGCAAGAUGCUCUGCCCUACAAGUGGACUCAGACGAUCGGUGACCUCGACGUCACCAUCUCGGUACCCGGCAACAUCAAGGGGCGCGACGUAGUUGUCGACAUCAAGAAGGACUCCAUCUCGGCCGGCAUCAAGGGGCAGGAGCCCAUUCUCAAAGGCACGUUGCCGCACGCGAUCCGCCCGGACGAGAGCACGUGGACGCUCACGACGGCGCCGGACGGCAGCAAGGUGAUCGAGGUGCACCUGGACAAGGUGAACAAGAUGGAGUGGUGGGCGCACGUGGUGACGGGGGCGCCCAAGAUCGACGUGACCAAGAUCGUGCCCGAGAACAGCAAGCUGUCGGACCUGGACGGCGAGACGCGCAGCAUGGUGGAGAAGAUGAUGUACGACCAGCGGCAGAAGGAGAUGGGCCUGCCGACCAGCGACGAGCAGAAGAAGAUGGACAUCCUCAAGAAGUUCCAGGAGCAGCACCCGGAGAUGGACUUCAGCAAGGCCAAGAUCAACUGAACCGGCGUUUGGAUUCUACCGAGUAUUAUUGGGAUCCGUGUACUGCGCUGUGUUUGCUGAUUUGCUCACUACGUCUGGCAACGCAAAC